UUUAUACCUAAACUGAAGCAUAUGGGCAGAGAAAGGAAAAUGUCACCCAUUACUGAAAAGACUUGGCAAAAUCGGAUGAUAAAUGUAUUAGUGGAUUGCAUUAAUCUGUCUUACUUUGAGAUGUGAUGUUCAGUUAAAGUCUUUUUUCUCUGUCAUAAAGGCAUAUGACAGCUUUAAUGAAAAAUGCAAAGUAUGUAAUGCACCAAACUAGUCGACAGACUGGUUGACUUCACAAGAUGCUCACAUGUAGAAAAAAAAAAAAGUUUUUCUACCAAAGGAAGGCUGUCAAUUUGAGAAGAGACAGUUUUAUGUUGCAAGUCAUAUUGAUUGACAUAGUGCUUUAGCUCGCUACAGUAGAACAAUCCUGCUUGGAAAAUUACAGCAUUUAUUGCAUAUCAUUUAACCAGAGAGGAAGCCUUUGGAAAUUGGAGUGGUAUGGCUGUCUAUCUCACAUUCUUGAUCCUUACCGUGACUCUGCCAACAUCUCAUCUGAACAGCAUUAAAAACUUGCUACAGUUUGAGGACAUGAUUGAGUGCACAUUACCAGGCAGUUCACCGCUGCUGAACUAUGCAGACUAUGGCUGCUAUUGUGGUUUAGGUGGAUCAGGGACGCCUGUUGACCAGCUCGACCGGUGUUGUUUUACCCAUGAUGCCUGCUAUGGCACAGCAAAGACCCUUCAGUCCUGCUCAUCAGUGUUUGACAGUCCUUACACAAACACAUAUGACUACAAGUGUGAUAAGAAUACUAAAACGAUCAUGUGUUUGGACAGUAAUAAUGACUGUGACAUGUUCAUAUGCAAGUGCGACAAGGCUGCAGCGGAGUGUUUUGCUCAGUCCCCUUAUAAUGCCUCCAAUAAUCAUCUGCCCUCGAGUGUUUGCAGCUCAGCUUCCAGAGAGACCAGCAGCUUUCUUAUCACUCUCAAUACAUUCACAGUCACUCUCAUACUCCUACAACACAACAAAAUACCUUGCAAUAAGUGAAAUGUGCAUGCACUGAACAUAACUGUGUUAUUUCUUGUCAUUUUGGUACUUUAAAACCCUUUUGUGUGCCGACAGGUCUUUUGCAUG